UGCUUGAAGGACAAUGGAGCUCCUGGAGCCAAUGGCGACGCAUAUCAAAAAGAAAACAAGGAUGACAAAUCAGAUCGUGGAGAUCGUGAAAAGGACCGCGACAGAGACCGUGAGGACCGCGAUCGACAUCGCGAUCGCGACAGUCGUGACAGGGAUCGUGAUCGUGACCGCAAGAAGCAUAAGAGAAGUAGAAGUCGCAGUCAGCGAGAACGUGAUCGUGGUCGCGAUCGUGAACGUGAACGUGAAUCAGCUCGUGUUGAGCCGAAGAAGAAGUAUCGCUUUUGGGACAUCCCACCAGUUGGAUUUGAACAUCUUACACCGAAGGAGUACAAGGCCCAACAAGCUGCCGGUGCUAUUCCUCGAUCAAACAUGCAAGCGGCCGUACCUGUUGUUGGACCAUCAGUUACUUGUCAAUCGCGCCGUCUUUAUGUUGGUAACAUUCCAUUUGGUUGCAAUGAGGAAGCUAUGUUGGACUUCUUCAACCAGCAGAUGCACCUUUGUGGGUUAGCUCAGGCGCCAGGUAAUCCUGUGCUUGCAUGCCAAAUAAAUCUGGACAAGAAUUUCGCAUUCAUCGAGUUCCGUUCAAUUGACGAGACUACAGCAGGAAUGGCAUUUGAUGGUAUCAACUUCAUGGGGCAACAAUUGAAAAUCCGUCGUCCACGUGAUUAUCAACCUAUCAGUGCGAGCUUUGACAUGGCUUCAAGAAUGCCAGUUUCCAAUAUUGUUGUUGACUCUCCGAACAAGAUCUUCAUCGGUGGCUUACCCACCUAUCUUAACGAGGAGCAGGUGAAGGAGUUGCUGUGCUCGUUCGGACAGCUCAAAGCUUUCAACCUUGUUGUUGACUCCAGCGGAACGUCGAAAGGAUUUGCGUUUGCUGAAUAUCUCGAUACCACCCUCACUGAUCAGGCUAUCGCUGGGUUAAAUGGCAUGCAACUCGGAGACAAACAGCUUGUUGUACAGCUUGCUUGUGCCAAUGCACGUAAUGCGCAACCGGCUACACACUCAGCCACUGCGAUUGCUGGUAUUGAUCUGUCUCAAGGUGCUGGUGUACCAACCGAAAUACUUUGCUUGAUGAACAUGGUAGUUGAGGAAGAAUUGAAAGACGAUGAAGAGUAUGAAGAUAUCCUGGAAGACAUCAGAGAAGAGUGCUCGAAAUAUGGAAUUGUCCGAUCUUUGGAAGUGCCACGACCCAUUCCUGGUGUAGAAGUUGCAGGAAUAGGAAAGGUGUUUGUCGAAUUCGCUUCAUGUGCGGAUUGUCAAAAAGCUCAAGCCGCUCUGACUGGACGAAAAUUCGCCAACCGAACUGUUGUCACCUCUUACUACGAUGUGGAUAGAUAUCAUCAAAGACAGUUUUAG